AUGCUUAUAACCUCAGUCCUCCGAUGCGGCAACAGAGCAAUAAAACUCCAUGCAUACACUGUACCAGCACUUUGGACCCAAUCAAGACAGUCAACUUCGAGUGGGUUUGAUGAUUUUGAAUUUUUCAAAAUUUUUCAAUUUUUUUCGAGAAUUUCGUGAAAUUUUUUGAAAACAGGCUUUGUAUUUUAGACUCAUACUUAUCUUUCGGCUUAUUACCGAGUAAUAAUGUCCAAAUUUUUUUAAAAAUCGGCUAAAAUCAUCAUUUUUUCAAGUUUGUCUGCGUUUUUCCCUAGAAAUUCGAGAUUUUUUGUAUUUUAGGAUUUAUAGAACCUUCCAAAUUUGGCAAGGAUCAUUCUCUAACCUUAUUAGGGACUUCUGGCUAUUAUUCUUCCAAAAAAAUAUGGAUAAAUCGGCCGAAAUUCAUAAUUUUUUGAAAAAUUUCCCAUUUUUUCCCAAAAAAAUCUCAAUUUUUCGUAUUUUAGUACAAUUCAAGUGCAUAAAGUUAUUCGAGCCUCUCUGUAACAUCUUGUUAUUUAUUACAGACCUAUAAUUCACAAGAAUGGCCGUGAAAUUCGACCAAAAAUCUAUAUUUUUUCCCAAUUUUUCUAUUUUUUCCCAAAAAAAUCUCAAUUUUUCGUAUUUUAGUAUAAUUCAAGUGCAUAAAAUUAUUCAAGGCUCUUUGUAACAUCUUAGUAAGUAUUACAGACCUAUAAUUCACAAGAAUGGCUAUGAAAUUCGACCAAAAUCAACAUUCUUUUCAAAUUUUUUCCAUUUUUUCCCAAAAAAAUCUCAAUUUUUCGUAUUUUAUUAUAAUUCAAGUGCAUAAAAUUAUUCAAGGCUCUUUGUAACAUCUUAGUAUUUAUUACAGACCUAUAAUUCACAAGAAUGGCUAUGAAAUUCGACCAAAAUCAAUAUUCUUUUCAAAUUUUUCCAUUUUUUCCCAAAAAAAUCUCAAUUUUUUGUAUUUUAGUAUAAUUCAGGUGCAUAAAAUUAUUCGAGCCUCUUUGUAAGGUCUUAUUAUUUAUUACAGACCUAUAAUUCACAAGAAUGGCUAUGAAAUUCGACCAAAGUCAAUAUUCUUUUCAAAUUUUUUCCAUUUUUUCCCAAAAAAAUCUCAAUUUUUUGUAUUUUAGGUGUGAUAAACCAUCUGGACCAUGUCCGCAUCAAAGAUAUCAGCUCUGCUCGUCAUUUAUGCGACAAUCUUUCCCAUGACGAGAAGAAAAUGUUGCGGCUGGCGUUGCAAGAAGCCCAAAACGCCUCCACAACGGUGGACCCCAUCACUUCCGCUCAAAUGAAACAAAUCUUUACUUUCAACCUCCUCCCCUUUAUUGGCUUCGGAAUCUUGGAUAACAUGUUGAUGAUUUUGGCCGGGGAGUAUAUUGAGCACAGUUUGGGAGCGGUCUUCACCAUCUCCACGAUGGCCGCGGCAGCUUUGGGAAAUAUGGUCAGCGACGUUUUUGGAAUGGGUCUGGCACAUUAUGUGGAGCUGUUUGUCAUGAGAAUGGGCUUUAAAUUGCCGACUUUGACUACGGCUCAGGUAAUUUUUUGUUAAAAAGUUGAAAAUUGAAAAAAAAUUUUUUUAAUUUUUUGCACUGUGCGGUGAAAUAAAAUUUUUUUUGCACUGUGCAGUCAGAAAAUUUUUUUUUGUAAUUUUUUUUUAUUUUGAGGGUUAUUUUUCGAAUUUUUUUUUCAGUAAUUAUUAGAUUUCAGUCAAGACUGCACUGUGCGGUCAAAAUCAUUUUUAGUUUUUUCGCACCAUGAUUUUUUUUAAUUUUUGCACAUUUUUUACGGUCAGAAAAUUUUUUUUUUGCACAGUGCAGUCAGAAUUUUUUGUAGUUUUUUUUUAUUUUGAGAUUUAUUUUUCGAAAUUUUUUAUUAGAAAUUGCACAGUGCGCAAUCGCAAAAAUCGCCGCACUGUGAGGUCAAAAUCAUUUUUAUUUUUUUUUCGCACCGUGCAAAAAAAAAUUGUUUUUUUAAUUUUGCACUGUGCGGUGAGAAAAUUUUUUUUGAUUUUGAGAAGAUUUUGAGAUUUUUCGAAAUUUCUUAGAAGUUGCACAGUGCAGUCACAAAAUUUUUCCGUCAAUUCGCACUGUGCGGUCAAAAUAAUUGCUUUCGCACCGAGUAUCUAAAAAAAACUUUUUUUGAGGAGUUUCAUAUUCAAAAAAAAAAAUUUAACAGGGGAAGCACCCCAAGUGCGACGCUCAGAUUUUGAUGAAGCUUGGCACAGAUUUACAAUAAUUUUUUCAAAGAUAUAUGCGAGAAUCCUGGCUCGCGCUUUGCAGAAACAACCGAGAUUUUUAGAUCGAAAGUCGGCCAAAAUUUCGGAAUUUUUGCCGAAUUUCGGCACGAAAAGUUUCAUGCCUAUUUCUACCGUAAAGGAUAAUGUUUCUACAAAAAAUAAAAUUUUUCCGCACGAAACUGCCAAAGUUAUGGCCAAAAAGCGUUUUUCUCUUUGACCGCUCUCCACGUUUAGCGUGCUCUCUCGGCGGCGCCUGCAAAGCGCGAGCUAAAACUUUCAGGAAUUGAUAUUUAGUCUAUACCCGAUGUGUGUGCAAAAUUUAAAGAAAAUCCGAGCGUCGCACUUGGGGUACUUCCCUUGUAAGUUGCAACAAGACAAAAAUAAUUUUCUGCACUGUGCAUUCCAAAAAAAAACUUUCCACCAAAAAAUCAGUGAUUUAUCUUCAGCUGGAGUCGUCUAAAGCCCGUUUCACCGUGAACUUGGCGCGUGCGUGCGGUCUGUGCAUCGGCUGCACCAUCGGGAUGUUCCCAUUGCUCUUCUUCUAG